CCUGUCUCCUGUCUCGAUUGCCCUCUCCCCUUCUCCCAUUGGUCUCUGCACCAGAUGAGACAAUUUAGCUCAUACAAGACAUUCCGCCCCCACCCACGCAAUGCUCCAUUCAUAAAGAAAUUGGCAAUGCGCAGUAUCUGUAACACAAACACACCUCAGCGAGACCGGCAAAGGCAGCCAGAGCGAGGCAGACGAGGAAAGGAAGGCAGAGGAAAGAUGUUAAGACGUCCUUCUAGUUUAGAUGUAGCUCUACACGCCUUAUAUAUAUAGCGUAAGUCUAAGCGACAGCUAGAAGUGGAGAAAUAUUGACCGGCAGAAAAAAUAUAGCAGAAAAAAUUGAAGGAAGGUGUGUUUGGUGUGUACUAGGACAGUAUGGAAAGAAGACUACGUCACACUAUGGUGCUUCUGGUUGCAGUAACAGAGCUUAUAUGUACCAGCUGCCUUCCUGUCACAAUGGAGAGAAAAUGCCUGCAUAAAAUAAAUUGCAUCCUGAAGAAUAGAAAGCCUUGCACAUUCGGCAGUGACGUCUGCGGCCCCUGCAUGCCCCAAUUCCAGGAGGAUUCUUCGGGGAACUGCAAACCAAAAAUUCAAGGGGACAAGCCAGACUUUAACCAUCCUGAGGAAAUGAUUGAUUUUCUCAAUAAAAUGAUGAUCUCCGGGGGCAGGAUGACCAGGGGUAAAAAGCUCAACCACACGAACACAGUCUCCCCUCCAGGUCUCACCACCCAAGCCACCCCUGCUGCUCCACUCCCCACCACUCCUCCUGCUCCUCUACCUCAGAUUCUCACUAAUUCCACCGCUGCGAGGGCCACAUUAAGUCCCGCGUCCGUCAACCCGCCAAACGGCAACGCCUGGAGAGUGCGAGAAAAGAGCAAGUCCGACCUCAGCCAGACCUUCUCUCUAACUCUGAUGGUGAUCUGCGUUCUGACGGGGGUCUCUGGGAUUCUCGUGGCUGCCCUGUGCUGGUACCGAUUGCAAAAGGAGGUCCAGUUGGCGCAGAAGAUGGCGUAUACAGCGUACAAGGGCAGCCGGCAGCACACCUGCCAGAGGUCUGCGCCCGAGGCGUCGCACUACAAGUGGCAGUACCGGGAUCUGAAGAAGCAGCACCAGGCACAGGAGGGAUCACGGAUGAGACCGUGCCAGCAGCUCUCCACGGACUCCGAGGGAGACAUUGAAGAGUUCACCAUGUACGAGUGCCCUGGCCUCGCUCCGGCUGGAGAGAUGGAGGUCCACAACCCGCUCUUCGACCCAUCAAGAAGCAAGCAAUGAUGGGGAACCUGCUUCACAUAUGUUCUAUUCAUACAUGUAUAUUGAUCUGCAUGUGUCUCCCUGUUGGAUUGUGUUCAUUAAAGAUGGUGACUAGAA